GGGUGGAGAGUUGGGAAUCCUGGGCCGUGUUCUUGGCUCUGCCAUUAAGGCGCUGCAUGACCUUGAGGAAGUCAGACAUCUCAUGCUUGCGAAUACCGGCCUUGGCGCUGGAGGUCGGUACCUCACCCAGCACCCUGACUCCCUCUGAUGACUUAGGGGGAUGCAGCUGCUCUGAUCCGAGCGCUUGCAGCUCUGAUCCCACGCUAGGACACACAGAGCUGCUUUUUGCAGGUGCUGGGCCUGCCUAUGCUUGCCCUCUCUGGAGCUUAAAGCUUACAAAACCUGGCCUUGCUGUUUGCCUUUCUAUAUGGGAGUCAGGCAUUAAUUAAACUGCUAUUAAAUGCCCUGAGGAUGCAAGCUGGAGGCUUCUUGUUUUAAAUGCAAAGCAUCUUACAGCUGGAGUAUUUUGCUCUCUGAACAUAGAUGUGAACAUAUUUGUUGCCCACUUCUUGUCCCCGUGCCCAAAUAAUUGUCCCAACUAUUGCAGUUGUGGUUUAGCUUCUGCUAUGCACCCUGUUGAGUAACCCCUGGUGUAGCUUUUGAGGUUGGAGGGGCGGAAGGGGACGUAAUGGAGGAAGUUGCACAUCUCUGAAAUUUCCUUGAGAGAGAUCUGCAGACAAAAGUUGCUCCCCUUUCUCCCUGCCUUCUUUAGAGCCGGGUGGGUGCCAGUGGAUGCUGGGUGCCAUGGCCCUGCGGCUGGGGCUGCUGCUGGCCCUGUUGGGCUGCACCGCGGCGCCGGAUCCUGCCCUGGAGGAGGCUUGGGAAGGGUGGAAGAGCCUCCACGCCAAGGAGUACCCAGCGGAGACCGAGGCUACCCGCCGAGAGGUCUGGGAGAAGAAUCUACGGCGCAUCCAGCAGCACAACUGGGAGGAGACGCAGGGGCAGCACGCCUUCCGCCUGGCCAUGAACCACUACGGGGACCUGACGGAUGAGGAGUUUAACCAGCUCCUGAACGGCUUCACCCCGGUGUGGCGGGAGAAGCCAGCACCACUCUUCCAAGCGUCGGCGGCCCUGAAGACCCCGGUGGAGGUGGACUGGCGGGCGAAGGGCUAUGUGACACCCGUAAAGAACCAGGGUCACUGCGGGUCAUGCUGGGCGUUCAGUGCCACAGGGGCCUUGGAGGGGCUCGUCUUCAACCGGACCGGGAAUCUGACGGUGCUGAGUGAGCAGAACCUCAUCGACUGCUCCCGAAAGCUGGGCAACAACGGCUGCCACGGCGGCUACAUGACCCACGCCUUCCAGUACGUGCACGACAAUGGUGGCUUGAACUCGGAGCACGUCUAUCCCUACACGGCUAUGGUAAGGGAAGGCAGGCGGAGCUGGGGACACGGCAGAGCAGUGCCGGCGGGUCCCGGCCCCGGCGUCACUCUCUCUCCCUCCUCUCAGGACACCUCCAGCUGCCGAUACAACCCCCAGGACAGGGCGGCCAACUGCUCCGCCAUCUGGCUGGUGGCCCAGGGCAGCGAGGAGGCACUGGAGCAGGCGGUGGUGACCGUGGGCCCUGUGUCUGUGGCGGUGGACGCCAGCAGCUUCCACUUCCACUUCUACAAGUCGGGCAUCUUCAGCAGCAUGUUUUGCAGCCAGCGGGUGAACCACGGGAUGCUGGCCGUGGGCUACGGCACGAGCCAGGAGCGUGGGCGCAACGUGAGCUACUGGAUCUUAAAGAACAGCUGGUCGGAGGUGUGGGGCGAGCAGGGCUACAUCCGUCUGCUGAAGGGUACCGACAACCAGUGCGGGGUGGCCAACCAAGCCAGCUUCCCCGUGCUGUGAGCCAGGACAUCUCUCCCUCCCCGGGUGUCUCUCCCUGCCCUGGCUGCAGAUCCACGGCUGUUUCCUUCUGGAAUAGGAGCUUUUGUCUGAGCGUGGUGAGAAGUAAUUAAAAGUGGCAUGGCUAAUCACUCCGCACCUGCAAACGGUGGCUGGGCAGGGUUUGGUGGCUGAAGCAAGGCUGAUGUAGCCGGUCCUUUUCCUAGUGGGAAAGGCAAAGCUCCUUCCACACGAUGCUCGGCUUUCUCUGCGCCUUUCCUCCCAGCCCGGCCAUCUCUUUCCCCUCCUGCGGCC